GUGUGUUUCUUCGUGGCUCUCUACUACAAUGUGAUCCUUGCAUGGAGCCUGUUCUACCUCGGGAACUCCUUCCAGUCGUCUCUGCCUUGGGAACACUGUCCAGUAGAGGGGAAUGUGACAGUACCAGAAUGUAAAAAGAGCUCCCCCACAUCGUACUUCUGGUACCGUAAAGCUCUGGAUAUCACCGACUCCAUCGAUGAGACGGGCUCUUUCAACCCGUACAUCGUGGGCUGUCUGCUGGCCGCCUGGACCCUCGUGUGCCUGGGAAUGUUCAAGGGCAUCAAGACCUCUGUCAAGGUGAUGUAUUUCUCCUCCAUCUUCCCCUACGUGGUGCUGUUCUGCUUCCUGGUUCGAGGCCUCAUGCUGGACGGGGCUUUAGAUGGAAUCGGCUUCAUGUUCUACCCAAAGCUGGAGAUCUGGGCCGACGUGCAGGUGUGGCGACAGGCAGCCACUCAGGUGUUCUUUGCUUUGGGUCUCGGCUUCGGGUCGAUCAUCGCUUACUCCUCCUAUAAUCCCAAGAACAACAACUGCCAUCGUGAUGCCUUCACUGUCUCCACGAUCAACUUCCUCACCUCUGUGCUGGCCACUCUGGUGGUGUUCGCUGUGCUCGGCUUCCGCGCCAAAAACAAGGCCAUGGAAUGUGUGGUCAGUAAUAUUAAGGAGUUAUCGGAGCAGUUUCACAGCGGUCCUGUGGAGAUAAACUUGAUGCCAAGCUUCAACUAUUCUGAUCCCAGUGCUGUGGCUCUAGAGGACUACAGGGCCUGGUUCAAACUGCAUGGAAAACAGUUCCCAGGCAAUCUAACAGACUGUGACAUGGAAAAAGAGAUGCAGCAGGGUGUGGAGGGAACAGGCCUGGCUUUCAUCGCCUUCACAGAGGCCAUCUCUCUCCUGCCUGGCAGCCCCUUCUGGUCAGCGCUCUUCUUCCUCAUGCUGCUCAACUUAGGGCUCAGCACCAUGUUUGGCACCAUGGAGGGAAUCCUCGCCCCACUCACUGACCGCUUCAAAACUCUGGCCAACAACAAGACUAAACUCACAAUUUUCAGCUGCAUCAUCGGCUUUGUAAUCGGCCUCCUCUUCACCCAGCGCUGUGGAAACUACUUUGUGAUGAUGUUCGAUGAUUACUCUGCCACUCUGCCACUCAUCAUUGUUGUGGUUUUUGAGACCUUCAGCGUGUCUUGGCUGUAUGGAGCUGAUAGGUUCCUGGAUGACAUUGAGGGGAUGCUGGGCUGGCGUCCUCAUGUGAUCUACAAGUACCUGUGGAAAUACGUCUGCCUGCUCGCUAUGCUGGGGCUGCUGGGCGCCACCACCAUCCAGAUGUUCAUCAAACGCCCCACCUAUAUGGCAUGGAACCAAGAGAAGGGAUCUGAGGAGUACCUCGAGUACCCGGACCGGGCUCUGGCUGUCAUGGCCUUGCUGAUCAUAUUUGCUGUGAUGCCCGUCCCGAUAGCUUUGAUUCACGCUGUCCUGAUGGACCGGCGGACAAGAGAAAGAGCCAGAGAUUCAGAGGCCGGAAGAGUACGCACAGGUGUCCCUUGGAAAUACUGCCAGGUGUCCGGGGAGUUCAGUUGUCGUGGAUGCAGUCUCUCUUCAGUCAGCCAGAAAGGACCAACACCCGGCAGAGAAACACGACAUCCUCGCUUCCACAUCAGGUGUAUCAAUUUGAAUUUGCAGACAUACGUUCUAACCCCCCCAUGGCGGGCCUGGCAGCUCUGUCGAUACAUAAUGAACCUGCUCAGGAAAGAGGAAGCUACUCAUUUAAACGCAAAGCAGACAUAUGUCCAGGUAGAACAAGACAAUGCCAAAGUGGGUCUGUUCGUCGCUGCAGCCGUAGGAACCUUCGCUCUGAUGGCUGCUGUGUACUGUAUCUACAACAAGUUCUACUCCAAACACCAGUACCUGCACACCCAGCUCAACGAUGACUCGGAUUUCAGCACAGACCCCAUGGACACUCCCCCUGUGUGUUUCCACGGCUCCGCCGGCUCCAGUGCGGUAGACGUGCAGAGAGGUGGUUACGGCUCGCUCUCGGACACUCCAUCCAUCAUCUCUGUGCCACCCAGCCUGUCCCCCCCUCCCUCUGCCAUGCCCUUCCCUCCCCUCUUCCUCCCCUCUCACUCUCUGAGAACUAUAUCAGCCAAGGACCUGGAGAAGAGCUGUGCCUAA